AUGACGGAACCAGUAGUUUUAUAUGUUUAUGAUCUAUCUAAUGGAUUAGCUAAACAACUAUCAAUGGCGUUUAUAGGCAAGCAAAUCGAUCAUAUCUAUCAUACAAGUAUUGUAGUUUAUGGUAGAGAAUAUUUCUUUGGUGGUGGUAUACAAUCUCUUCCACCAGGUAUGACACCAUAUGGUGCACCAAUAGAAAAAGUUGAACUUGGAAAGACAAAUGUACCAAGAGAAGUGUUUGUAGAUUACUUGGAUGGAUUGAAACAAAGAUUCGGAAUGGCAAACUAUCAUCUUCUUGAUAAUAAUUGUAAUCAUUUCACCAACCAACUCUCCCAAUUUCUACUGAAUGUCGACAUACCAAAGAAAAUCACCGAUUUGCCAGCUGAAUUCCUAAAUACACCUCUUGGAAUGAUGUUACAACCAAUGAUAAACGGAUUCUUUAAUCAAAAUAACAAUGCAAUGAAUAGCAAUGCUAUGGGUAAUCCAUUAUUGAAUAUGAUGAACAAUAACAAUAACAAUAUGAUGAGUCCAUUUUCAAUGUUUAAUGGUGGUGGUGGUGGAUUUGGAGGUGCAGUGAAUCAACCAACCACAACUAGUUCAACAACAACGACAUCAUCGACUAUACACCCGAAAUCAGAUUAUAGACAUGUUCAUUCAAAGAUAAUCUCUAAAAUACCACUUAUAAUGAACUACAAGGCAGUUCUCUUUGAAAAGGGUGAUAUAGAGCCAGUUGCUACUAAACUCACCGAAUUUGUAAAGAAUGUACCUGCAAUCGAUUUCGAAGAGUAUCAAAAGAAGAUUCAAACAAUUCAACCAAUCUUGAAAUCAAAUGAUACCAAUAUAGCAAUUCCAAUUGAUCUUAUUAAAUACUUUGGUAAGCUAAUAGAAAUCGAAAACCUAACAAAUCAACUCCCGGAAACCAAUAUCUUCCCUGUUUUGGAACUCAUUCGAUUCCUCAUGUUAAAGAAACAAUCAUUUGAAUACUUUACCAAUACAUCCAACCCUUUCAUAUCAAUCUUUAUCAAUAGAAUAUUGAUAAGUAAUCUUUCAAAGUCAUCGGAAUUGAUAGCAUAUCGUUUGAUUGCAAAUUGUUUCUCAUCUAAACAAGGUAUAGACUAUCUACUAAAGUCACAUUUAGAUGCCACCAUUGAAUGUACUACCAAAGGUCUACACUCGAAUGAUAAAGUAUUAAAGAGAGCGGUUUCAACGGUUGCCUAUAAUCUCUCUAUAUUCCUCAAUCCAAAACAACACGAUGAUCAAAUCAUUUCGUUGGUCUCUGCGAUUCAACAUACUCUUGAUUCCAACCCACUCUCUGAAGAUCCAGAAAUUGACUUCCGACUUCUCAUGGCACUGGGUACAUUAGUCUAUUGCUCCGAUAGUGCCACAGACAUUGUUAGCUCUCUCGAAUUAAACUACGACAAAUAUAAUCAAUCGGUUGAAAAGAAUCAAAAUUUAAUCAAAGAGAUAAAACUAUUAUUAUCAACAAACUAA